CUUAACCUUAUCAUACAAAAAAUAUGAAGAUAAAAGUUACGCCGUAAAGGAAAUUAAUGGAAAAUUGGGGAUUUUCGCUAGAUGUAGCGGAUAUAUGCAGAAAUGUAGGAAAUCGUUAGCAACACUGCUAACCAAUAACAACAAACAUUCGGUGCCAUCGCUGCUGCUUCAGUUUUCCCCGCUGCCAAAAGAUAAAUAUGUUGCUGCACUGGGUCUGCCACUAAGUGCAACAUGACUAAGGCAUAAUUUUUUAUGUGGCCUGUUGCACACAGAGGAUAGCCAUUCUUUGUAAUAAAAAGCAAGCAAAACAUGUAACAUCUUUAUGCCACCUAAAAUACUAAUUUAAUGAAAUACAGUUCUUGUAUCAGUAGGAACAAUUGUGAUAUGGACCUGUAUAGUAUUUUUGCUGUUCCUUAAGUCUGAAAUUGUAUAUUUUGGUGAGAACUGAUUGUAAAUCAAUACCACCAAUCAUGUGGAUUCAAGGAAUACUUAGAUAUAGGAGUUUUGUCACUGUGUAUCCAAUUAGAUGGACUAAUUGUUACUACAAACAAAUAUUUCCAUGGAAAAGUAAACAGGAAAGUUUUAGUAGAUGUGAUAUAAAUUCAAGUGUUUUAGGUUGUAAAGUUGAUGUACAAAGAAUAAGUCUCAGGUCUAAUUUAGCCAAGGAGUUAGUGCAUUGUAUUCACACAAAUGCUGGUGUCUUUAGUCAUAAGGUGGAUAAGUCUAGGGUACCUGCCUUGAAGGAGGAAGAACUGGAAGAAAAUUUUGUGAAAGGUAGUGGACCAGGUGGACAGAAAGUUAAUAAGACUGCCUGUGUCUGUAUGCUCAGACACAUCCCCACUGGUAUUAUAAUAAAGUGCCAAGAUGAGCGAAACUUACACAAGAACAGGGAGAAAGCUCGCCAAAUGAUGAUAAGUAAACUUGAUGAGCAUUAUAAUGGAGAAAUGAGUGUCUCAGCUCAGCUCAAGAGAAUUCAAGAAAGAAAAAAAUUAAAAGCACAACAAAAAUCACAAAAGAGGAAGAUUAUGAAAAAAGCUUGGCAGGAGAGAGAAGGAAUUGACUGACUAGCUUGUACAUUUACGUUUAUAAUAGUAGGCUUGUACAGUACACAUCUUGUUAUAGUAAGACAAUAAAUGUUGAAGCAAACUUUAA